CUUCAAGAUGUGCGUGCUUCCUUCUGGUACACUUGCCUUGACUGCAGACUUGCCCCUAUGGAGCUUCUUUGCAAUUCCACAUGUGCGCAAGUCGAUAUUUAGCACGCAUCAAACAACUCCUUCCUAUAUGUGUGUGACGCCUUGCAAAUCCUGGCUUGAGUGCCAAGCUCCGACCAUCACCACUUGCUCAAAGAACCAAGGGAACGGACAAAGGCCUCUCGGUGGUAGCUCCAUUGCAAGCUCCGUUUAACACGUGAAUUUUCUUUGACGCGUCCUUCUCGCCCAGUGGAUGGGAAGCGGUGGCCGGUGCCCGUCGCUUCUUCUGUCCACCAAUCCAGUCGCCAGAGCUGGCUAUCCCGACGAAAGUGGGGUGCAAACGAGAGCAAGGAAGAGGGUGAUGGACAGACCGAGACGCUCGGGGCGUACGUCGGCCGCCGCUGCCGCACCAACCCCGUCCACACCGGGCACACCGCAGAACGGGCAGUCGAGCGCCGGCGCGCUCUCGCGAUCGCCUUCGACCUCGUCACUUGGACCGUAUCAGCAGCAGCAACAGCAGCAGCGCCAGCCACAGGUCCCUUCGAAUGCGAGUCCCAAUGCACAUCAUUGGGCGGCAAGCAGCACCGCUCAGCGGGGGCCGUCGAACCACCAUGUGCCAGCGUCGCACUACGCGAGCCCAAACUACCAAGCCGGACCUUCGCCGAUGGCCUCGUCGCCCUUUCUUCCCCCUUCCGCAGCUGCAGCAGCCUCACCUGCUGCUGGACAACAGCCCAUGAUGACACCGACGCCCCAGUCGAGACCGCUGGCAGGCCCUGGGCAGGUUCCAUUCCAAGGACCGGGGUAUGCCCAUCCACCUCAACCGAACGGGCACCCAGUGCCUCCAAACUCAAGACCACCAGCGCUGGGCCCAUCGGUGUUCCCCGCCAUGUCGCCAUACCCCGAGAAUGCCCCAAUGGGCCGGAAUGCGAAUCCGCUGCCACCGCAGACGGCCGUUGGGCCUGGUCAGGCGCUCUACACGACGUUUGCCUCGCGCAUGCAGACAGGCAUCACGACGCUCAUGCAGCCCAUUCCGUCAGGGCCAGACUUGCAGGAUGUGUUAGCUGUGUCGAGGGGGAUGAGCACCUUUGGGACCGACUACGGCACAACGGAGCGGACCAGGGGCGGCGGCACCCGGAGGAGGGCUGCCGCUGGCAUGACGUACUAUGGAGAGGAAGGGAGCGACUUUGACGACGACGACGAUGACGAUGACGACGAUGGUCAAGGGAGCGGCGUGGACGCAGAGAGGAGCAAGAGACAGUCGGCAGCAGGGACACCGGCAGAAGAGCGGAAGCCGCAAGAGGAGGAAGAGGAGGAGAAGCCGGGUGCCCUGCUGGGAAUGCCGCCGCCGGGCAACAAGGUCUUUGUCAGGAGGGCCAACAAGGUCCAUCCCAUUGCUCACUCAGAGACCGACCUGCUCGAGCAGGCCGAGCGGGCCGAGUUUCUCAUUCCCAUCCGCGUCGAGCUCGAGACGGAGACGCACAGGAUCAAGGACACCUUCACCUGGAACCUGCGCGAGCACCUCAUCAAGCCUCGCGACUUUGCGAGAAGCUUUGUCCGCGACCUCAGCCUGCCCGUCGAUCCAUACACGAGCCUGGUGGAAGCGGCCAUCAUUGAUCAGAUCAAGCUCUACCAGUCGAGCGGAAUCGACCUGGUCCACAUUGGGCCCGCGCCUGGCGGCCCAUGGGCUUCCAGGGCCAAUGGGGCAAAGGAGGGGGUCGAGGAGAGGAGUGUGACAUUGGGUGGAGCAGGAGCGCUCAGCAAGCUCCAAAGAGGCAGGAGGGAGUCGAGGCAGUGGGACUGGGGCUUGCGAAAAGUGGCAGACGACGUUAUUAAUAGCAGCAUCGGGAAAGAAGUAGGGGAGAGGAAGAGGAAGCGGGAAGCGACAGAGGCCGGGGACGUCGUUCUGGGAAGCGACGGCGAUCAUGAGGACGAUUUGAGGGUCAUUGUCGAUUACGACGUGCAGAUCUACAAGCACCACCUUCGAGACCGGCUCGAGUGGGACCUGGCCUCCCCGUUGACGCCCGAGGCAUUUGCCGCCCAGCUGUCCAAGGACCUGGCGCUGACGGGCGAGGCGCUGCCCAUUGUGUCGAAUGCGAUUCGGGAGCAGCUGCUGAUGCACACGCGCGCGGCGCAGGAGUGCGACCUGAUUGGCAAAGGUGGCGAGUACGCAAAGUGGCAGGCCGAGAUCGACGAUGCCGAGGCGGAAGAGGCUGAGAACCGGCGAAGGAAAGAGCUGGGUCUCGAGAGCCUGCCGUUGAAGCCGCUGCAGACGAUGCCGGAAAUCGUCGAGGAGGAGCAGGAGCCCCUGCUGGAGCUGGCGCCGCGGCGAGGCAGGCCACCAAGACGGCUCGUCGAAGAGAGGGAGCGACUGGAGCGAGAGAGGGAAGAGAGGUUGCAGCAGCAGCGCGAGCAGCUCUUGCAGCUCCAACAACAACAGCAGCAGGCCAAGGAGCAGCAGCAACAACAACGGCAGCAGCAGCUCGAACAGCAGUCGAGACAGGUUGCCGCCUCCGUGGCGCGAGACGAGCUGGGAGGGGGAGGAGGCGGCCCAUCGUCUGACUCGGUACUUGCCGAUGGUUCUGAGGGUCCCUCUUCCCUGUCAACCCCUCUCCCUAGACCACCGCCAACAGUCAUUCUCCGCACACCGGCACAGCGAAAGAGCGUCGCGCAAUUCUACCAGUCGCAGCUCACCGAGCGCGGGCCCAGGAAGCUCGAGGGCGUGUGGCGGGACUACCACGACUCAAAGGAGUUUGGCCCUCUGCUGGAGAUGUUGACAGAAGAGGAGCUCGAAAGAAUUGAGCAGGAGGCCAUUCGAGCCAGCCGCCGAGGAAGAAGAGAUCAGCAGCGCAGUGUGCGAGUACGGAGACGCUGAUGUAGGAGCAAAGCAAGCAGUGGUCAAGGAUGAGAAUGUAACUUUUUUUUAUUACGUCUACUUCUCUUCUAGUACUCUAUAUGCUUCUCUAAACGGCAGCCAAGAAAAGAAGAAGGGAAGUCUCCCUGUCAUUGACGAGUAUUGCUCCGCUUACUUGCUGUUCUCGAGCUCGGCCGACGUGGCAAAGAGGUAGGGCUUGCCGCCGUCCUCGCUGACCUCGAAGGCCUUGAAGUUCUCGGUGGGCACACCGAGCUCCAGGAGCUUGGCGUAGACGUUGCUGAACUCGUUGAAGAAGGUGUCCUCGUCCUUUGCGUACCGCUCAACGUGCUUUUUGAAGCUCGA